GAACCAGCAGAGGCAGAGAACUAAUGGGUAGGCUUCUUAUUCUUAUUUUUCUUAAGGUCAGAAACGUACUGUUGCUUAUAUAUUUCACUGUUUCCGCUCCGGUAUGAAUCCACGGGAAUGCCUGGGAACCAUGGGAAAACCACUACCCAACCACAUCUGGGAACCAAUAUGUUGAACAUACUCUACUUGUCGGACUGAGGGACUGAUUCCUGGACUGCUGAAAAGUCACAAAUGGUGAAAAAUUAAAGUAAGAUUUUCCUCAUCCUCACUUUGUCAGGCAAGAUGCAGUAAUGGAAGUCCACGCUCUGUUCAGCCCCAUAACCAUGAAGCUGCUCAAAGGGUAGGGGUCUGCCGUGAGCUCGCCUCACCCUACCCGACCGCCCCCAUCAGCUCCAGCUGAGAGCACAGUCCCACCUUUCAAAGCAUCAUCCUGCAACUCUACCCGUCUCGACAACCCUCUCACCUCCUCCUCCACCACCACGGCUUUGGAAGACGAACAUGACGUGCAUCGUGAAGACGCUGGUUGAUGUCUGAUAUAUAUCCCUCUGAGGUGUCGAGCGUAAAACCAGCGGAGCAAUGAAUGGCGGAAAGGACUGUGACACGGGAGAUGAGAGGCAGGCCGUCCCUGUCCAGGUCCCCAUCGGCUGGCAGCGCAAGGCGGAGCAUGGCGGAGGGGUCGUAUACGUAAGUCCCAGUGGCUCGUUGCUGUCCAGCUUGGAGCAGGUGAAGACCUACCUGCUGACAGAUGGAACCUGCAAAUGCGGCCUGGAGUGCCCACUCAUCCUCCACAAGGUGUUCAACUUCGACCCAGGGGCAGCUGUUAAGCAGAGGACAGCGGAGGAUGUGAAAGCAGAUGAAGAUGUCACCAAACUCUGCAUUCACAAGAGGAAGCUUUUGGCUGUGGCCACGCUGCACAAGAGCAUGGAGACGCACCCACCUCUGACGCUGACCAGCCCAGGAGGAGGUACAUCAUCUGUGGUCUCUGCGCAUUCCACGUCUCAACGAGCAAUAAGGACUAAACCCCAUGAUGGUCUGCCAAAUGCUGUUGGACCAGACUGCAAGAAUCCUUUCAAGAUGAUGAUCGCAGCUGGACAGCAGCAGCAGCAGCAAAGGCUGUAUCCACCCCAGGAGAUGGGUGGGGCCCAGCAGCCUGAGCUCUACUCUGGGUACUCCAGGCAGCAGAGGAUGGGCAGUGGGGAGCCAGGUCCUAAAUCCCCCUACCGGGUUGGGUACGGAGGCAUGCUGAGCCCACCUCCCUCCGGUGCUAAGCUGUAUGGAGAAGGCUCACCGUCUCCUAGCACGGACACUCUAGGCAGCCCUGAGGGCUUUCCAAGGACCAAUCCUUGUGGGUUUCCAGGAGCUGGCAGCCCUGGCUCAGCCUCCAUCCAUGGGAACAAUAGGACGCCUCUUUCCCCACCCAACGUAAUGCUCCAUGGCUCCCCUGCAGGCCAGCCAUCCUGCGCCAUGACAGGGAGGACUAGCACUCCCCUCUCUCCGACGGCCACUGCCAAAAGCCCUGUCAUGAACAUGAACAUGCCGAGGGGGAACUUCCCCCCUGGUGUGGAUCUGCCCCGUGCAGCGUUUCAUCAUAAAACACAACCCCCAGUGCACCCUGUGCCCCCUCCUCCAUCCGUACCAUCCUGUGCCCUCCAGAAACGGCCGUUAACCUCUGAAAAAGACCCCUUAGGCAUCCUGGACCCCAUCCCUAGUAAACCAGUUAGCCAGCCCCCUAACAACGCCCAAAACCCCUCCAACUUCCAGCCUAACAUCCACUCUCAGGUACCAAUGAUGAAUGUAAACAUCCCCCCUCCCGCCAUUGUUCCCUUGCCAAGCAACUUACCUUUACCCACGGUGAAGCCCGGGCCUGUGGGGCACGGUGGCCAUGUUCAAAGGACUCAACAGGGGGGUCCUUCAUCCUCCAUGUCCCCCUCCCCUGUCACCUCUCCUGUCCACAUGAGUGGGCCUGCUCUUGGGAGGAUUGAAGCCUCUCCUCAUCGCUCACGCUCAUCCUCAACCUCCUCCGACCACGGGAACUUUGCAAUGCCAGCGGGGCACCAGGCCCCAUGUGGCACUAUGAAGGUCCCUCCUCGCUCCCCCAGGUCGGCGAUGGGAUCUCCCAGACCAGCCAUGCCCUCUAGCCCCUCCACUAACAAGUCUGACCCCCUUCACCAGUACAAAGACUCCCAGUUGCUGCCGGCGAUGGGAAACUCGGUCAGCACCCAGCAGCACAGCAACCCAAUGUACUCUCCCACCUCUUCCUCCUCCUCAUCCUCUUCUCUGGCAACCCCCAGCGCUUCCCAGAAGGGCCACCCAGGACUCCUGGGGAUGCCCCUCAACCAGAUCCUAAACCAACAGAACGCUGCUUCCUUCCCCGCCAGCAGUCUCCUGUCAGCUGCAGCCAAAGCACAGCUAGCAAAUCAAAACAAACUCAGUGCUGCUGGCAGCAGCUCUGCUGGCAUGGCUGCUGCUGGUGUUGGUAUGGCAGGCAUGGGGGCAAGUGGGGGAGGUAACGGAGGAGGCGGUGGGCACCCUGGCUCCAUGAGCGGCCCUCGAAGCAUAGAGGGACACAGCACUUUAAACUCAAUGCUCCCGCCAAACUCCACCAUGCUGCUCAACAGUCCUGAGGGCCAGAGUGGUCGAGCAGCGCUGAGAGACAAGCUCAUGGCCCAGCAGAGGGACCCCAUGCGUAAGCGGAGGCAGUCGUCGGGCGGUUCUGCUGUGAACCACAAUAACAGUAACAACAUGGUCUACAGCAUCCUGAACAAACAAGGCAUGGGAGGGCCCCACAUGCAGGGGCCGAGUGCUACUGAGCAGCUGCGAAAAGUGGGUCGACUUGGAAACCUUCCACCAAACACGUCCAUGGCCCAGCUUCUCCAGUCCAUGAGCUGCCAGAGCUCCCACAACCAUCGUCCAGGUCUUAGUCCUCAAGGAGGUGCACAGCUGCACUACAACGACAGCACAGCUAUGGGCCCCGCUGGCCCUCAGCAGAACCUUCUCGCUCAGCAGAGGCUGCGGGGACCCGGAGAUGCCAUGCAGCACUGCCAGAGCAUGGACCCCUCUGGGGGCCAUCUGGGCCCUCGGCAAGGCCAGUUCCCUGACAUGAUGGCUCCGAUGAGUAACUGUGGGCCUAUGGGGCCAGGAGGGGUACCUUUAGGCCCUGAUGGCAUGCCACUGGCACGCCAAAACACCAACCCCCCGCCGCUGUCCCAUCCAGGCCCUCACCCCUCCCAGCAGAACCUGCUUCAAGGUAUGGGACGGACUAACAUGGUGGUGAUGGCACACGGAGGGGGUGAUGGAGGCUGUACGCAGAACAUCUCUGAUACAGGAAACCCCUCAUCCCUUGGCUGUGGUAUAGGCGGCCUGCAGCCCCACGUAAAUGCUGGCGGAGGUCCGAUGUACCAGCAGCAGGUCCACCAGGCCAUGCAGCAGGGCGUCAGCUCACACCCAGCCUACCAAGGGCAGCAGCACUUCUCUGAAAACCCCACCUACACGGACAGUAACAACGCCAACGCUGGCUCUAUGGCCUGCCUCUACCAGAACUACCAGCAGGGGAUGUUGCCGCACCCUCAGUUUAGGGAGGGACAGCAGCCUCAAGGCGAGGGGCAUCCAGCGGGUACGCCUGGCUCUGACAGGGGACCGGGUGGAGGCCCAGAUUCAGUAGACGCCAUCUACAGAGCUGUGGUGGACGCCGCCAGUAAGGGCAUGCAUGUAACCAUAACAACCACGGUGAGCGGGACCACACAGGCGAGUCCAGUGCCCGCCCUCAGUGCCAUGAGUGCCUUCACUGCCUCGAUAGGGGAGCCUGUCAACAUCCCCAAAGCAGUCAGCACAGUUCUGCACGGGCACCAGGAGGGGGAGGGGUUAAGUCAGCAGGCCAGACCGAGGCAGGUGAGGCCGGGGCAGGCUCAGAAGAACCUGGAUCCUGGAAAGAGCACUCCUGAUGGCCAUGAGGCCAGUGAAUACUUUCGCUCUCCUGGCCGUGGGACUCCCAGGGGCCAGUGGGACGGGGAGGGGCAGCACGGGGGAGGCUUUGAUGCUCAUGGCAACAACAGCACCUGGGGUGGCGAGGAGUUUCUGGAGUGUUCCACACAGGUGAGGAGUAGUCCCUGCAUGGAGCGACCUGCAAGCCUGGCUCCCGCCCCACCUUGCCCCACUGAGGGGUCUAACGACCACGGCCUGGCCGUGGCCCACGAUAAGGCCUUCCUUGAUGACAGCUAUCGCUUCAACAACUGCAGCCGGACUCCUGCAAACUACAAAGAGCGUCUGGAGCAGACGGUUGAGCGCUGUGCCCACAUUAACGGUACCACCCCACACUUUAACACCCGGGGUUACGGGGAGGUCCUGGGCCCCCCACGGCAGGAGCUGACAGGGGACGACCAGUCGCCCAGCUCCUCCACCAGCCUGGAGGGGCCGCUGGCCACCGCCAAAGACUACGGCCACUACAACGGCCACUUCAACGGCAUGGCACCAAGCCCUUCGGACACAAAGAGUCUGAGCAGUGAGGAGGAUCUGCGUCAGCCGGACUCGCCCUCCUCAGAACUGCUCCACUACCGUUCCAGGACCUUUAACAUGGGGGAGCUGGUCUGGGGCCCACUGAAGGGCUUCCCGCCCUGGCCUGCCAAGCUGGCCGGGGAUGAACAAGUUCACAGUGCUGCUAUGCAGCUGCGAGAGCAGGCCAAGGUAGAGCCAGAGAAACUAAAAACACUAACUCACGACUUAGAGGCACUUGAUCGAGCCGCCAAAAGAGGCCUGAAACAGGGGAAACUGAAUAAUCACUUGGAAGCUGCUAUCCACGAGGCCAUGAGUGAGCUGGAUAAGAUGUCAGGCACAAGGGAUCGUCAGAUGAAGCUCCCCAAGCCUAAGAGGAGGAAGAUAUCCAGAUAACAUUGAAUGUGUCGUCCUCAAAGCCUUCGGAGACUUCGUCCGAUCAGCCUUUGAUGCGAUCUGAGCUCUCUAACAAGGUGCUACACAUGGACUUUCAGUGGUACAUCUUUGUUCCAUGAUAUCAACUUGACUUAAUGACUGACCACAGAAGGUGCUGGAAAUUUCCAAUCACCAAUACAGUUUUAACUGUAGAAAAAAAAAAUAGAAAAAGUAGAGGAAAACGUCAAAAACGGUUGCAAUUUGUCUACAGCUCACUGAAUUAACUAUUUUUUUCUAGUAUAAGAUAGUAAAACAAACAAAAAAAGCUACAAGCAUUACCUUACAUAUUUAAGAAAAUAGACAGUCCAAAUAUUUCUGAUACAUUUUCAAUAUGUAUAUAGAUAAUCCUGAAAUUUCAUGCUAUUAAGAAUUGUAUGUAAAUAUUGUACAAUGUCAUGUACAAGCAUACCUAAUGCACAUUUUAUCUUUUAUUGUACAAAACAAAGCAGAAGUGUACCAAUGUCUUGGUUUCUAUUCAGAAAUGCGGCUGUAUACGGCCGCAUGCAUAGGAUAAAUAAGAAUACAGCCUAAAGCUUUUAUAUGAUGAACUGUAAGACGUGCUGUUUGUUUUGGUUUUGUUUUUUUCCUUUGGUUUUAUUUUGUAAGGGAACAGCAGUGGAACCAGGCAUGAGUAUAUGAGUUCUCCAUUACAAGGUCACUUCACGCCAGUUCAAGUGUUCGUUUGUUUUGGAUAAAAAAAAAGAAAAACAGAAUGAACUUUACCAGCAGAAAGUGUUCAGUGUUCGUCUAAAGCAGGCCGGACGAAUGUUGGUUGAUCUUCAUCUGCUCUACCAGGACAGGGAAAUCAGGAUGUUUAGAGUUUAGUGCUCAAAUGGUGAGAAGUAGGAGAUUUUAGUUUACAAAUUAUGAAAGAAAGUUGGUUACCUGACAUUUCUAGAGGGAAAAAUCCACCUUCACACACCCUUAGGUGUUGCUGUUUGCAUCACAAGAGCGUUGCAAAUACUAAUCUUUUUCUUUUUCAACAAACCUGAAGCUUGUAAUUUCCCAGACUUAUUAUCCACAACCCAAAGGGACUCGGUACCAAGUUGCACCAGCUAAGCCUAAGUUCAGACGUAGCUUAGUUUGAAUGCUGCAAAACUGUCAUAGCCUUCCUUCACAGUCAGUGUGCGACUUCUCCCAGACAAGCUAGCUCUGGUACGGUUCAACCCGUCCUUCUCAGAGUCCUGCGUUUUUUUCAGAUGUUCCGUGUGCCACAGGAGCUUUUCAAAAUAAAAAAUAGACAAUAAACAAACCUGAAGCUAGUCAUUUCCCAAACUGACUACCCCCAGGGCUGUCUAGGGCUUCCAGGCGUCUGCGGCCUGUGCCAAACUAGCAUGUGGCUGCUAAACUCAAGGCAAGGGAGGCAGACCUUAUGUGCUGCCUUCCCUCCCGCCUUCACUCCUUUUCAGUCUGACAUGUCCUUUCAGAGUGCCACUAAACUUCUGAUUAUAUUUUGGGGCUUCACUAGAAGAGAGAGGGGGAAGACAUGCACUAAACACAUGCCAGGAUUGGUAUUGCAACCAGCAUAAGGAUUGCAGCCUCAACUCAGCUGGACCAGUGCCGAACAGUAGUGUACUGUUAAUUUCACCAUCAGCUGUCCUCGUUUGUGUCCUACAGGCUGUAAUGUAAGACUCUAGGCCACUGGCACCCAGAGGGCCACACCAGCCCCCAGUUCUGAUAGUGUGUGGUUUUUAGGGUGUCUUUUGCCUUGAUAUCCCUAUAGCUAUUUAAUCAACCCCAAAAACGAUCAAUAUUGAAACAGUUUUAUCCGGAAUGAUCCACGUUUGACUCACAUUUACUGUCAACUUUCCACUUCCGGCUCUUGGAGAAUGAAUGCCUGGUAUUUUAAAGGAAAGCUUUUUUCCUUUCACAUGUUUCCCACCAAUCAGGACACAGCAUAACCCAGGGCAAUGUGACAACUGGGUGCUAAAAUAUCUCAACACCUAAAAUUUUAAGGAAAUAGAAAUACUGAAACAAUAUUAUGUUGAUUAGGCCAAUAUAUUUAUCUGAUUUAGUUUAUUUGGCCACCACAGUGUCUGUAGAAAUAAAAUCUGGCCCAUGUAUAAAUGUAGUCGAUGACCCCUGCUGUAGGCUUUGGUUAUCACCUUGUCAUAAUGCUUUGUCAUGCUGCGCAGACACUGAGGAUUAACAGCACCUAACAGAAGUCAUUUUCCAGUGUUAUCCU